CAAAUUAACUGUUACCAACCACCUAAUUAUCCACCAAGUUCUGUUCUAACAGCACUCUUGACUUCACUUCUUUCAAAUAUCUCCCAUGUUGUCACCUUCCUCCCAAACCCUAAACCUAAUUUCCAUCAAUGACAAACCCAAGAAGCCUCUUCAACAUUCAAUCUCCAACAAAUGCAUCUCUUUCUUCCCAUUUUACCCUCAAGAAACCUUCAAAAUUACUUAGCUACAAGAAGCUUACUUUCUGUUCUUUCAAAGUCCUCUGCUCCUCUCAACCUUCAAAAACUCCACAGAAUUCAAAUCUAACUUCUACCCUUGUCUCUAUUUUACGUGCAAUACCCGAUUGGGCUGACAAAAUUCAAGAAGGGGGUAUGAGAAAGAAGAGAUCUUUAUACAAGCAUGAAACUUGGGUGCAGCAUAGAAGUUCUUUAAGACAUCUUAGGCACUUGUUUUCGAGCUUUAAUUCGCGGGUCGUUUUGUCAUUGAUCCCUCCGGUUGUAGCGUUUACUUCAUUUGCUUUUGUGAUUGCUAGUUAUAAUUCAGCAGUUUCAUUGCAUUGGUUGCCUGAGUUCUUUCCACUGUUAAGAGCUAGUCCACAGCCAUAUCAGUUGACAGCUCCAGCUCUGGCGCUACUUUUGGUGUUUAGGACCGAGGCAUCGUACGCAAGGUUCGAAACAGGGAAGAAGGCUUGGACUACUGUGAUUGCUGGAACUAAUGAUUUUGCUAGGCAGGUUAUUACUGCUUGUGUUGACAAGAGAGAUGGUGUGCUCAAAGAGGCACUUUUGCAGUAUAUCAUGGCAUUUCCAGUUGCCUUGAAGUGCCACAUAGUGUAUGGCUCGGACCUAGCAAGUGAUCUCAAGAACUUACUCGAGGCUGAUGAUCUAGCAGUAGUUCUCAGUUCUAAGCACCGCCCCCGUUGCAUCAUUGGAUUCAUCUCUCAGAGCCUUCAGUCGUUAAACUUGGAGGGAACAAAACUGAGUCAACUGGAGUCAAAGAUUUCUUGUUUCCAUGAAGGUAUUGGUGUAUGUGAACAACUCAUAGGCAUACCUAUUCCCCUUUCAUACACUCGGUUGACAUCAAGGUUCUUGGUCCUUUGGCAUCUAACUCUUCCUAUAAUACUUUGGGAUGAUUGCCACUGGCUUGUGGUUCCAGCUACUUUCAUAAGUGCUGCUUCCUUAUUCUGCAUCGAAGAGGUUGGUGUCCUUAUCGAGGAGCCGUUUCCAAUGCUUGCACUUGAUGAGCUCUGUCAACGUGUUCAUGACAACAUCCAGGAAGCCAUGGCAAGUGAAAAGCAGAUUCAGGAAAGACUAAACACCAAAAGGAAGAGGCAUUUUAGUGAAAAUUCUCCAAAUGGUUGGCCAACCUCUUAGAAUAUUAGGAAGUAUGGCUUUAAACGAAAGACUGAAGUCUUCUCUAUCAUGACUUCAGCAAUUGUACAGAAAGAGGGAAUGUACCAUACAUGAAUGUUUCAAUACGUGAGGGUAACAAGGGAAGACUUAUUUCUAUUUCCAUAUAUGUAAAUAUAUAGUUGGUAGAAAGUAUUUGUUCCAGACAAAAAAAAAAACAAUAUAUAACACGUUGAGUUCAUCUUCUAAAUUCAGUUACGUCAAA